GUACACUCGCGCAGCGCGCACUACUGGCCAUGGCGGUCGGGCUAGUAUCUUUAUUCGCUUUCUAUGCUCUCCUCAACUUCAUUGGAACGGCGCAUGCGUCGGCAUUGACGACCGCUAUUGGCGCGAACGAGCGACUCUGCUUCUUUGCGGACGUGGACAAGGCAGGGGAGAAGAUCGGCUUCUACUUCGCAGUACAAGCCGGUGGCUCGUUUGACAUCGACUAUGAAGUGACGGACCCGAACGCGAAGGUCCUCCUCGACGGCGCGCGCGAGCGGCAGGGCGACUACGUCCUCACCGCGAACCACGUCGGAGAGUACUCCUUCUGCUUCGAGAACGACAUGUCCACCCUCACCGAGAAGCUCAUCGACUUCGACAUCAUGGUCGAGAGCGAGCCCCGCCGCGAGCCCCCCGCGAAGCCCGGCCAGAUCUCCGAGCACACCAGUGCGCUCGAGGAGAGCAUAUUCAAGCUGAACGGGAUGCUCCAGAAUAUCAAACGGACGCAGAAGUAUUUCCACACACGAGAAAACAGAGGGUUCGACACAGUCCGGUCAACACAACAUCGACUCUUCUGGUACGCAGUCCUAGAGUGUCUAGGGAUUAUCGGCAUGGCUGUGCUUCAAGUCUACGUCUUGCAAACGUUCUUCACGAAAACGGGGCGGCGCUACAAAGUCUGAAGGCGCUCGUGGUCUGCACUGUGUCGCUAUGUGUUACUGUCGCCGGACUGUAUUUUAUGUCGCCUCUAUUCAGAUGGUCUGCGGUUUCCGGUUAUCUAUGCUCAAGACGGAGUACCAAGCUGGUGUCAACUGAGACCACAGCACCGAACUCUGUGCUGCUCAUCACUGCCGUGCGACUGGUGUUAGACACAAAACACCGAGGUCGAGCAUGUACCAUAUGGUCCCCGCUAUUCUUGCACCCGCGAGUCCAAUUGUUCGCACCCGCAUGAUGUCUUCUUCACCCUGCAUGCGUAGGG